CAGCGAGACAAUCCCGCUCACAACACAAUCAGUCUAUUACUGAUAAUUGAACAGAUUGCAUCCCUCAGCAGCAUAGUUCGCAAGUCGUGUAUUGACUGCGCCAUUGAGUAUGAUUGGCUUUGCGCAGCUUAUGCUGCUUGUGUUUGCCUAUUCCGUUUCGAUCGCUGAAGCCGAUCCUUAUCACAGUGCACACAUUUUGAAGCAUGUCAAAUCGAACGUCGACUUAUCCAUUCAGAAACAGGCCGCGCAGGAACUGAUCGGACGAAUUCUUCCCGAGCGAGCCCAUCAAUUCGAAGUGGAGCUCAAUGGUCGACUCAAGCUGAAUUCGUUCAAGAUCCUCAAAACGAAUGACUCUACAUCUGUUUCCAUCACCGGAUCCAAUGGCGUGGCCGCCGCCAAAGGAUUUUAUUAUUAUCUCAAAUACUAUUGCGGGUGCCACGUUUCGUGGGAUGGCGAUCAACUGAAUCUGCCGGAUGACUUACCGGAGGUCGACGUAGAAAUACAAGCUCCCAGCAGCAUAGUGUACUACCAGAACGUUUGCACUUGGUCGUACUCCUUCAGCUGGUGGACAUGGAAGGAAUGGCGUCGCCAUAUAGACUGGAUGGCCAUGCAAGGCAUCACCCUCAGUUUAGCUCCGUUUCAGGAAGAUCUAUGGGCUGAACUAUACACAGAGUACAACAUAAGCCAACAUGACAUAGAUGGCCAUUUGUCCGGACCUGGCUUUUUCGCUUGGCAACGUAUGGGUAACAUUCGAGGUUGGGGUGGACCUCUAACGACAAACUUCAUCAAUUUCUCAAAAAAGCUUCAAAAUCAGGUUAUUGAUGAGAUGCGACGGUUGGGUAUGGUUUUGGCGCUACCAGCAUUUGCCGGUCAUCUUCCGGUUCAGUUUGCCCAGCUUUACCCAGAAGCCAAACUAACUCCUGUGGAAAACUGGAAUGGAUUCCCUGCUCAGUAUGCUAGUCCGUUAUUUUUGGAUCCCAUCGAUCCCCUAUUUCAAGAAAUCGGGAAACGGUUUCUUACCAAAGUGAUCGAGCGCUAUGGAAGCAAUCACAUCUACUUCUGCGAUCCGUUCAAUGAAAUCCAGCCACGAAGCUUCAGUGCAAAAUACUUGUCCAGUGCUUCGGCUGGAAUUUACAAAGCGAUGAACGACGUAGAUCCGUUUGCAGUUUGGCUGCUUCAAGGGUGGAUGUUUGUUAAGAACCCCUACUGGAGCGAUGUUGCGAUACGGGCCUUCUUGCAGGCAGUCCCAUUAGGAAGAAUGCUCGUGCUGGAUCUCCAAUCUGAACAGUUUCCACAGUAUGAUCGAACAGAGUCCUAUCACGGCCAACCGUUUAUCUGGUGCAUGUUGAGCAACUUUGGUGGAACGCUGGGAAUGCUUGGAUCCGUUGAUCUGGUCUUUCAACGAAUUCGUGAUGUAAGAACUAACGACAGUAUGACCAUGAUUGGGACAGGAAUCACUCCGGAGGGAAUCAACCAGAACUACGGACUUUAUGAGUUUGCGUUGGAGAUGGGAUGGAAUCCGAACAUCGAUAACGUUGAAGAGUGGUUCAGAACUUACGCUUCUGUUCGAUAUGGAACCCAAGACAAGCGAUUGAAGGACGCAUGGAGCAUGUUCCGAUACACGGUUUAUUCUUUCAAAGAGCAGGAGAUGAUGCGGGGUAAAUACACGUUCAAUCGUAGACCGAGCCUGAAACUGCAUCCUUGGCUUUGGUACAACGAAACCCUCUUCAACGCCGGAGUUCAGCUGCUGCUGGAAUCAAAUUCAACCAACACCUUAUUUCGCAAUGACGUAGUUGACUUAACGCGUCAAUUCCUACAAAACACCGCCGAUCGCUUAUAUCUCAACAUAAUGGAAGCUUAUAAUACCAAGAAUCCGAACUCCGUGAAAUACCUAUCUAUUCUCUUCCAAAAACUUUUGGAAGACAUGGAUCGUCUGCUUCGUACAGAUCAACACUUCCUGCUAGGCCGAUGGCUCGAAUCAGCAAAAGCUGUCGCAGAAACCAGCUUGGAGCGUCAAAAGUACGAAUACAACGCUCGUAAUCAGAUAACCCUCUGGGGUCCGCAAGGUCAAAUCGUUGACUAUGCGAACAAACAGUGGGCUGGAAUGGUACAGGACUUUUUCCUCCCAAGGUGGAAGCUAUUUCUGACGGAGAUGACGAAAGAUGUCGAACAAAAUAGAACGCUCAACGAGGGGAAGGUGAGGGACAAGAUAUUCAAAAUGGUUGAACUGCCGUUCUGCACCAGCAACAAACGAUAUCCGAUACGUCCUGAUGGGGAUGCACUAUUGGUUGCACGGGAGCUGUUUGAAGCGUGGAGUGAUCGAGCUCAACGAUUCAAGGAGCUACCGCUGAAACCAACUAAGAUGGCGAAGAAGUUGAAAAGGCAUAAGCAUGUGGUUUAAUCUUCAUAAAAUGAAUAAAAUAUGUUUGAAAUAAAUACUUACUUGAUUCAUAACCAUGGCA